AUGUUUCCGCGUAUAAGUUGGGGGAUCGAGCACCGGGAUCGAUCCCAGGCGAUCCCCGCCUGUACCCCGGUUGCUUCUUCGUGGCUGCAGCAGCAGCCGCAGCAGAUAACUAUAGAUGACGUUGCUGCUACUGCUUCUUUUCAUUCUUAUGCUGGUGCUUGUCUUCUUAGUUUACCUCUCUCUUACACACACAGGGGGCCCCUCAUCAGCCCACAUACACAGUACCCAGGGGGCCCCCCACGCCGAAUACGCUGCCGCUUCUGCGGCGCAAAAAACACACCAACACCACCAGCAGCAGCAGCAGCGACAGCAGCAGCACCAGCAGCAGCAGCAGCAGCAGAUGAUCAUGCUGACGAUCGUCCUCCUUCUCGUUUUGUUUUAUUCUGCAAAAGGUGUGCUGCGCCUAUCAGCGGCCCGGGUGUAUGGGGGGGCCCCCAAGGUGCCCUGGGGGCCCCCUGGGGGCCCCCGGGUGCCCCCGGGGGGCCCCCGGGGGCCCCUGGUUCUAUUGUUGUAUUGUGUGCUUACACUACAAGCGGACGACUGACAUGCAGGCCGCUAACUAUAAACGACCCCCUGCUGCAGCUGCAGCUGCAGCAGAGGAAUGGGGUGUAUGCGCAGCUCGCUAGGCGGCAGAGGAGACGGCGGGGGGAUGCCAGCGGGAUCGAUCCCAGGUGUGGGGUGGGGCUGGGGGGAGGAGAGGGUGCAGCAGCAGCAGCAGCAGCAGCAGCAGGGGGAGGGGGAGGGGCUUCUGCUGCUGUUGCUGCACUCUUUUCUUUUCAUGCUUCGCGUUUACAAAAGCCGCAGUUGGUUGCUGCUCCUGCUGCUGCUGCUGCUGCUGCUGCUGCUGCUGCUGCUGCUGCUGCUGAAGGGGGUGUAGAGGAGACAUCUGCAACGGGCUCGGAUCAGCUGUCUGUCUCCUCUGUCUCUUCUGUCUCCAUCUGCAACGGGCUCGGAUCAGCUGUCUGUCUCCUCUGUCUCUUCUGUCUCCUGCAACGGGCUCGGAUCAGCUGUCUGUCUCCUCUGUCUCUUCUGUCUCUCCCUGCAACGGGCUCGGAUCAGCUGUCUGUCUCCUCUGUCUCUUCUGUCUCUCCUGCUGCUGCUGCUGCUGCUGCUGCUGCUGCUGCUGCUGCUGGUGGCCAUGAGGAUGCUGUUGAUGUGCUGCUGCAGCAGCUGCAGAGCAGCCCGAAUGAGAUGCGGGUGCUGCCGCAGCGAAUCCCUUCUUUGCUGCUGCAGCUGCAGCUGCUGCAGCAGCUGCAGCAGGAGUUGCUGUUCCGUUCUGCCUUAAGGUUCUUUUGGCCGCUGCUGCUGCUGCAGCAGCAGCAGCAAUUGUCUUCUUUUUCCUUCACUGAUUCAGGUUCUUUUGGCCUACAUAAACCUGCGUUCGAUGCUGAGGCGUAUGAUCCCGAGCCCCUCAUUCAGCUGCUGCUGUCGUCUGCUGCUGCUGCUGCAGCAGAUUGCUACCUUAAUCAAUGCAAAACUGCAGCAACAGCAGCUGGAUCAUCAGCAGCAAACAACAAAAUGCAGCAGCAACAACAACAGCAACAGCAGCAGCAGCAGCAGCAGAAGCAGCAGGAAGAAAGAGCAACAGACACAGACAAACGCGGAGACGACGCAGAUGUAGAAGGGAGAGAAACAGCCUCAAACAGCAGCAGCAGCAACAGCAGCAGCAACAGCAGCAGCAGCAGCAGCAACAGCAGCAGCAGCAACAGCAGCAGCAGCAGCAGCAGUUUUGUGGCUGAGGAUGAUGAUGAAGACAGUGAGAGCCGUCGUUUGUGUGUGUCUGCUGUAGAGGAUUUGCUGCAGGGAGGACCAGCAGCAGCAGCAGCAGCAGCAGCAGCAGCAGGAGCAGCAACAACAACAGCAGCAGCAGGAGCAGCAGCAGCAGCAGCAGGAGUUGGUGUGGUUGAUUGGGGUGUAUCUGCAGCAGCAACUGAAGCAGCUGGUCUCCCCUUUCCUACAGCUCGUAGCCGUUCUAUAUUUCGUUACGGUGUACAUGCAGCUGCUGCUCUGCAUGCAGCAGCAGCAGCAGAAAGCAGUUUGCUGCAGUUGAAAUAUAAAGAUAUUGUUUGUCUCCACGAUAUUCUUGUUGCUGUGCAGCUAUACAGAGAACACAAAAUUACAAACACACAGCUGCUGCUGCUGCUGCAGCAGUUCAGCAGCAGCAGACUGUGCACCCCAGGCACCACAGACAUGCAGCGAGCUACGCUGCCUUUGGGUGUACAUACACCUCAAUCCCCCCACGAAGCAUUCACUGCAGCAGCAAACGCAGCAGCAGCAGCAGCAGCAGAAGCAGCAGUAGAGGAUGCUGCUGCUCCUCCUCCCGCUGGUGCUGCCGCUGCUGCUGGUCCUGCAGCACCAGCAGCAGCAGCAGCAGCAGCAGCAGCAGCAGCAGGGAAUACAGCAGGAUUUAUAAAGGUCGCGAACCCAGCAGUUGCCCCUGCAUUGCCUUGCUGCUGCCGCGUGCUGCUGCAGCACCACUGCGAUCUGCAUGCAUGCGCUGCAGGCAUAGAGGCUAGUGUGGGGCCGGAGGAAGAAACAGCAGAAACAGCAGCAGCAGCAGCAGCAGCAGGAGGAACAGCAGCAGCAGCAGCAGCAGCAACAGAUAGGUGGCGGGGGGUCAACCCCUAUCCCCAUACAGACGGCAUCCAGGCGCUCCUGGCGCUGCUGAAGGAGGAGCUGCAGCGAGGAGAUGCAGCAGCAGCAGCAGCAGCAGCAACAACAGCAGCAGCAGCAGCAGGAGGAGGAAGACACAAUAGAAGGGUGAGAGACACCGCCUUUCUGCCUCAGGCUGUAGUUGAUGAGCUGGCAGAGUCUCUCUUCCUAACACACGAGCUGCUGCUGCUACCCGCAAGAAAACCCAGCAGCAGCAGCAGCAGCAGCAGCAGCAGCAGCAGCAACCGCGACCUAGAGACAGCUCUUCCUAUAGAAAUGCAAGAAGGCAUCAGCAGCAGCAAAUGGCGACGGCUGCUGUGGGGUGUUGCUGUCAACGGGGCUGUUAUUGCUGACCUGCUGAGACACUGGGAUCUCCCGCUGCUGCAGCGCAUGCGAGAGACACAAGACACGCAGCAGCAGCAGCAGCACCAGCAGCAGCAGCAGCAGCACCAGCAGCAGCAGCAGCAGCAGCAGCAGGGAGAGCAAGAAGAAGGGGAUCGGGAUCGGGAUCGAGUUAGCGGGGGGCAGAUGCUGCGUGUAGAGGACCUGCCUGGGGAUGCCCCUGGUGCUGUGUCUGCUGAGCUGCAGCGUUUGCUGCUGCUGCUGCAGCAGCAGCAGCAGCAGAUCCCUCUUCAUUUCUCUCUAUUUGUUAAUAUGCAGCAGCGGCAGCAGGAAGAACGCCGCAUGCAGGCAGAGAGGCAGCAGCUGCUGGAUAGCAUAGCCAGGGCUAUGCGUAGACGGGGAUGA